CAGUUCCUUGAAUCCAACCGCAUUACUGGUUAUUCAAUGGUUGAAACUGCACCUGUUGGUCCUGGUUUGCUUGGUACCAUUCCUCCUUCAAUUUCCGGUGGUAGACCUGAAUAUGUUCUGCCCAUGGGCUACAUCAACAACUGUAGAAAAGCAGGCAUGACCCUGGCCGCCAUAGCCAGAGAUAUCCAAAUUUCUCGGACAACGCUGUACAAACAUAAGCACUUAAUUUUGGAGAAUGAAGAGAUGAAAGACGAUGAGUUAAGUGCAACUGUUGCCCAUCUUAAAGAGGAGGAUCCAAUGUGUGGUGAAAAAUAUGUCACCGGCCACUUAAGAGCUACAGGGAAGAAAGCCACACAGUUGAACAGACAAGCUUUUGGCUGACUUGAGAAAUAAAUUCAAGGAUAAUGACAUCAAUGAAAUUUGGGACAAGCAUUGGGUGACCACGCUCAGAAAAACCUGCAAGACAUUGUUC